AUGGAACCAUUCAUCAUUGCAUCUCACCGUCAAUUGAGUAUUAUGCACCCUAUUUUCAAACUUCUAAAGCCUCAUUUGAAACACACAUUGCAAAUAAAUGCAUUGGCUCGUGAGGCUCUCAUCAAUGAAGGUGGCAUCAUUGAAUCAGAUUUUUCUCCCGGCAGAUACAACAUUGAGAUACUCUCAGCUGCCUAUAGAGAUUGGUGGCGUUUUGACAUGGAGGCCCUUCCUGCUGACCUCAUUAGAAGGGGAAUGGCAGAACCAGAUCCAACAAAGCCACACGGGCUAAGACUACUGAUUGAAGAUUACCCUUAUGCAAAUGAUGGUCUUCUUAUAUGGUUUGCUUUGGAGAACUUGGUUAGGACUUACGUGAACUACUACUACCGUGAUGAGAUGAUGAUCCAGUCAGACAAUGAGCUCCAAGCAUGGUAUAGUGAGGCCAUCAAUGUGGGCCAUGCUGACCAUGCAAAUGCAAGUUGGUGGCCCACAAUCUCUACUCUCAGUGACCUUACAUCAAUACUCACCACACUCAUAUGGGUUGCUUCGGUCCAACAUUCAGCACUGAAUUUUGGGCAAUACCCCCUUGGUGGGUAUGUCCCAAUGCGAUCCCCACAUAUGAAGAAGUUGCUACCCAAAGAGGAGGAUCCGGAGUACAAAGAAUUCUUGGAAGACCCAGAAGGAUACUUGUUGUCUUGCUUGCCAAAUUUGUUUGAAACCACCAAGUUUCUGGCAGUGGUUAACAUACUUUCUCAGCAUUCACCAGAUGAAGAAUACCUAGGGCAGAGGAAGGAUUUGUCAGAUUGGGCUGCUGACCCUGAAAUCAUACAGGCAUUCUAUAAGUUUUCCAUGGAUAUAAAGAUAAUAGAAAAGGAGAUUGAGAACAGAAAUAAAGACCCAAAACGUAGAAAUAGAUGUGGUGCUGGAAUUCCACCAUAUGAAUUGCUCAUAGCCUCCUCUGGUCCUGGUGCUACUUGUAGAGGAGUACCAAAUAGCAUAAGUAUAUAGACAUCUUGUAAAGAUACA